CAGAGAGACGGAACGUAGUUUACGUCUUUGCCCCGUGAUGCGCUGCGUCGUGACGUAGCCAACCUGCGACAGCUCGGGCGGCAGUUUGUUUUGGUGGCUGAAUGAGAUGCUCCCACCUGCAUUUUCAACGUUAACCAACUAAAGGCGAAUUAACAUGAUCCACGAGCUGCUGCUGGCGUUGAGCGGAUACCCUGGGACGAUUUUCACAUGGAACAAACGAACAGGUUUGCAGGUGUCCCAGGACCUUCCCUUCCUUCACCCCAGUGAGUCCAGUGUCCUCAACCGGCUCUCUAAACUGGGCUCAGAUUACAUGCGCUUUACCGAGUUCAUAGAACAACACACAGGCCAUGUGCAUCAACAAGAACAUCAUACGAACCAGCCUAACCAGACGGUGCUUCAUGGAAUUUACUUGCGGGCUUUCUGCACAGGGCUGGACUCCAUACUGCAGCCGUACAGACAGGCCCUGCUGGACCUCGAACAAGAGUUUCUUGGAGAUCCACACCUGACAAUAUCUCAUGUGAAUUACAAGCUCGAUCAGUUCCAGUUGCUGUUUCCUUCUGUGAUGGUGGUUGUAGAGUCAAUAAAAUCACAGAAGAUCCAUGGCUGUCAGAUCCUGGAGACGGUGUACAAGCACAGCUGUGGGGGGCUUCCUCCUGUACGCAUGGCCUUGGAAAAGAUCCUCGCCGUGUGCCAUGGUGUGAUGUACAAGCAGCUCGCAGCUUGGAUGUUGCAUGGAUUGCUGCUGGACCAAAGCGAGGAGUUUUUCGUGAAGCAGGGGCCCAGUGCGGGAGGAGCUGCCGCCAACCAGGAGGAGGAGGAGGAGGACCUGGGGCUGGGGGGCUUGAGCGGGAAACAGCUCCGAGAACUCCAGGAUCUGAGGCUGAUCGAGGAGGAGAACAUGCUGGCCCCGUCUCUGCAGCAGUUCUCGCUGCGGACAGAGAUGCUUCCUUCUUACAUUCCCAUCAGGGUGGCUGAGAAGAUCCUCUUUGUUGGAGAGUCCGUCCAGAUGUUUGAAAACCACAACCACAGCCCAUCGAGAGCUGGCUCCAUACUGAAGCACCAGGAGGACAUGUUUGCUGCCGAGCUGCACAGACUCAAACAGCAGCCUCUUUUCAGCCUGGUGGAUUUUGAAAAUUUGAUUGAUCGCAUCAGGAGCACAGUGGCAGAGCAUCUUUGGACGUUAAUGGUGGAGGAGUCGGAUCUGCUCGAACAGCUCAAGAUUAUUAAGGACUUCUACUUGCUGGGUCGUGGCGAGCUCUACCAGGUUUUUAUUGACCUCGCGCAGCACAUGCUGAAGACGCCUCCGACAGCCGUCACUGAGCACGAUGUGAACGUGGCCUUUCAGCAGGCGGCUCAUAAGGUGCUCCUGGACGACGACAACCUCCUGCCUCUGCUGCACCUCACUGUGGACUACCAGGGCAAAGACAAAGAGGCGACAGGCUCCAGAGAUGGAGCCACUCCUCCCCAAGACACCUCCCCUCGUGAGGUCCCUCCCACAGGUUGGGCGGCUCUCGGUCUCACCUACAAGGUCCAGUGGCCGCUGCACAUCCUCUUCACUCCCGCCAUCUUGGAGAAGUACAACGUUGUGUUCAGGUACCUGCUGAGUGUGCGGCGGGUGCAGUCGCAGCUGCAGCACUGCUGGGCUCUGCAGAUGCAGAGGAAACACCUCAAGUCCAGCCAGACCGACGCUGUGAAGUGGCGACUACGCAACCACAUGGCGUUCCUGAUUGACAACCUGCAGUACUACUUGCAGGUGGACGUGCUGGAGUCCCAGUUCUCUCAGCUGCUUCAGCAGAUCAACUCCACCAGAGACUUUGAGAGCAUCCGACUGGCCCACGACCACUUCCUCAGCAACCUGCUCGCCCAGUCCUUCAUCCUCCUGAAGCCGGUAUUUCACUGUCUAAAUGAGAUCCUGGAGCUGUGUCAGACCUUCUGCUCACUGGUCAGUCAGAGUGUGAUGUCACUGGACGAGAGGGGAACCGCUCAGCUGGAUAUCCUGGUCAAGGGCUUUAGACGGCAGUCCUCCUUGCUGUUUAAAAUCCUUUCGAGUGUGAGGAACCAUCAGAUAAACUCUGAUCUGGCUCAGCUGUUACUGCGACUGGACUACAACAAAUACUACACCCAGGCUGGAGGCACUCUGGGCAGUAUUUAAGAAGAGCGCAAAGGAUUCAGAUAUGGAGACGUUUCCAUCUAAGCCAAGAAGAAACUCCCAUCAGUCUUGUCCUUUUGCUCACCCAAGUUAUACAAUCCUUUUCCUCACUCAUUUAGAUAGUUUUUGAUUUACAUCCAGAGACGUUCACAUAUGUCCUCUGAAACUUCUGCCGCCACCUCAAUAAAACAGAGGAUGGGAUUGUGUUUGUGGCGCUCUUGGCACUGAAAAAUGACAACAAAAAAACCAACAGCAAAGUUUGCUCAGACACAAUGACAUCACUGUAGGCAGAUUUGAGUGGGACUAUUUCUUUGGUAGAAAGUAGUUCCAGUGACAUCUGAUCAUUGAGGUCUGUGGAACACAUAAUGAGACAAGCCUGGUUAUGAUUGAGCCUCACAAACUCAAGCUUUCAUAAUCUUCAACAAUUACAGCCUGAUUUAAGAACGGUUUAUUUUAUUUAAGCAAUAGUUCAACAUUUUAGGAAAUCUGCUUCAAGGUGUAAAGCAUUAUACCACUCGCAUCUGUUAAAGAAGAAGCUACAGAGGUCGACACCUGUACACCUGUAGCAUGCAGACCAACUUUACCAACGCACCUCGCCUUCAUCCUGGCCACAGCUAGCAGACCGUUGGCUAAGCUUAGCAUAAACACCUUUGGACGUAGCCUGCCAGGCUGCUUGUUUCCACUCUUCAUGCUAAGCUAAGCUAAGCGUUUCCUGGCUGUAGAUUUAUUUUUAGCAUCAAACGUGAGUGCUUUAGAUUUUUUUAUCUAACUCUCGGCAAGAAAGUGAAUAAGCGGAUUUCUCAAAAUGUUGGAACUAUUCCUUUAAAGAACUGAAGUAGUUUCACGCAAUACAUUACUUUGAGCUGCUGUUAAAUGUUAAACUGUCAUUUUUCAAGGCUGUGAACUUUACAAAGUUACAUUUACUUCCACAGUAUAGGGCCGAAACAAAUGUUAUUUGUGUUUUGGGUGAGGCGGCCCUUGUAUAAACUGUAAAUAUUGAAAACCUUGUUACUUGUACCAUUUUUUUCUGUAGAGAAAAUGAACGUAAACCUGUUAAAAUGAAACGAGGGUCACAAUUUAUUAUCCCAUAAAAACAGACAGGAUAACGUUAUAUACAGAAAAGGCAUGCAACAGAACUAAUGCUGAACAUUUAACAUGGUCGAAGGCAUUUUGCACAUCAGUCAGAUUAUGA